GAUGUCUUGUUUCUUACAUUGCCGAGUUUGGAAGACGCUUUUAGUGGAAACUAGGAGAAAUUGGUUACUUUUGCAGGGCUUUCGAAGAUUUAGUGUAGAUAUUAGUUGUGCAAAACAAGGUUUGGUGAUAGGCUGCGGUAGCAAUGUUGUGGAUCUUUUUGUCCGUGUGAGCCAGUUACCCCUCCAAUCAAGCAAGGUUAUUUUAUCGCACGAUAUUGAUAUAAAAACAGAAUUGCCAACUCUCUCUUGUUCCGAUAUCUGUGUUGGUGGUGUAACUUUAAAUCAUUUAUCUUGGGCCUCUCGUUUUGGUGUUCCUUGUGGCCUUUUGGCAGCCCAAGGAACAGACUCUCAUGGUCGGUUAAUCCGAGAAGCUUGUGAGCAGUUUGAAAUAUCUACAAAUUGCAUAGUUGUUUCUUCCCUUUAUAAAUCUUCAUCCAGUGUUGUAUUCUAUGAUUCAAAGGGAGAACGUAGCAUCCUCAUGACACCAGGGGCUACCAGUUUGAUGGACGCCGAUUUUAUGAAAGAGCAUUUUAGUUCUAGUCUGGACAAGGCGUGCAUUUUCACUAGUGAAAUUUCACAGGUACCUUUAUCUGGUGUUUUGUACUUAUUGAAGCUUGCCUCAGAGAAAGGAAUAGCAAGUGUGCUUGAUGUGGAUGUCUCAUUAAGUGCUGCUUGUCGUCAUGGGAAUACUACUGCUCUUGGAAGUGAAUCGGAGUUCAUGGAUUGUCUAAAUAUUGCUUCUGUCGUGAAAUUUUCUCUUUCGGAGUCCAAGAGUCUGUUUCGAUAUUUAUGCCCUUCAGCAUCUUAUGCUUCAGAAUUGGAAAGUGAAGAGUCCAUCUUACAACUUUCUAAUUGUCUGUUUGCCAAACUGGAUUCAGCAAAGUUGAUUAUUGUAACUAUGGGUAGUCAAGGCUCUAUUUUGACUAGUAACUUUGGUUCAGUUUUUGUUCCAAGCCUGAGUAAAAAGCCCGUUGUAGAUACUACCGGCGCUGGUGACGCGUACCUUGGAGGAAUUAUUGCAGGUCUUUAUCACUUUGGGUUUCCCGAAAGUGAAUCAAGUCUCCUCUCUCUUGGGCAAGUUGCUUCCCGUUGUGCGUCACUUUGCUGUAGCGUUGUUGGUGGCCUUGCUUCUUUGGAAGUGGAUCUAAAAAGGUUUUUGGUUGAUUUAGAAAAAAGUAGAGGAGAAGAAAGAGCUGUGUUGCUGGAGUCGGAUUAACACCAGAUGUGUUUUAGAUAA